UAAAGGACCACUUCCUUCUCAUUGCUGUUUGAGGAUGAAGGCAAUUUUUGUGAUGCUCUUGAUGCUUAAAGCUGUGAGUGUGAAAACUCUGCCUGAAUUUGAACCCGGAGAAAAACAAGAUAGCGAGGGUCACCAUGCAGAUGACAACACUGAUGACAUCACUUUGGUAUAUCGUCCUGAGACAUCAAGGGAGAAUUUGAUCAAAUUAUUUAACCUGACUGCACAGGACUUAGACUUGAGUUAUGAAACAAUUUUGCCCAGGGGUCUUAGCACGAUAACACUAAAAAGGACAAGUGGAAAAUUUGGCGACAAGAAGGUUUUGGAUGUACCUCAGUUUACAGUGUAUGAGAGGGGUAACAGAGAAAACACGAGACAUAGCGGAGGGACUAAUCAGAAGCCACAAGCUAAGCGUGUGAUAAUUCCACCAGACGAUCGUAAACAGCUUUCCUCCUCCAACAAGGCCCAAAAAUCACCUCACUCAGCUGCUUGUAAAGUUUCCUGUAAGGGAUCUUGUCGUUGGUCUUGUUCAGGGACUUUGAUAGGUUCGCAUCACGUCCUAACCAGCGCGCAUUGCAUUGACGGAGAGGACAUUGCUACACUUCAGGUUGGGUUUUUGGAGCGAAAUGGCCGGCUGCAGUGGUACGAUGUGAUAAGAGCGUCCAUACCACUACGAUGGAAAAUCAACAAAAAAACAGAUGAUUAUACUGUGCUUAAACUCGAAGGUCGGGCAAAUCGUCGAUCUUACGUUAGUGUUGUGUCCACACCGUUACCCAAAAACUCGUUAAUAUCAAUCACAGGAUUUCCGGGUGACAAACCUCCCAGCAGUCUUUGGAUCUCCAAAUGUCGUGCAAUCCUUGUGACCAGUGGUCAAAUUUGGAAUAACUGUGACGUGGUGCGAGGGAGUUCGGGGUCAGGUGUCUUAAAAAAGGAAAGCAGCAGAGGUACCUCUCGCACGGUUGUUGUCGGUGUACUAUCCGGCGAAAAAUCUGUACGAAUCAACGGGCGUGUGAGGAGAAUAAAUGUUGCUGUUCAUUUAACAGGGUCUAGGCUAUCACAAAUAAAUGAAUGGAUAAAUAAAUAAAAAUCUAUUUUAAAGCACA